UUAUCUUCACCCUGAUGAGAGCUCAGACGUGAUAAGGCCGUGGCUCCCCAUCCUGGUCGGAGCUGGGGUGAUAGCUUCCUCCUGCCUUCUUCAUCGACAGAGCCACAGAACUUCCUACCCAGAAUCUUUAGGUAAAUGAGAUCAUGAUUCUGGAAGGAAGUGGUGUAAUGAAUCUCAACCCAGCCAACAACCUCCUUCACCAGCAGCCAACCUGGACGGACAGCUACCCCACGUGCAAUGUUUCCGGUGGUUUUUUUGGAGGCCAGUGGCAUGAAAUCCACCCUCAGUACUGGACCAAAUACCAGGUGUGGGAAUGGCUACAGCACCUCCUGGACACCAACCAGCUGGAUGCCAGCUGCAUCCCUUUCCAGGAGUUCGAUGUCAGCGGAGAGCACCUGUGCAGCAUGAGCCUGCAGGAGUUCACGAGGGCGGCAGGCUCUGCCGGGCAGCUGCUCUACAGCAACCUGCAGCAUCUCAAAUGGAAUGGCCAGUGCAGCAGUGACCUUUUCCAGUCCACACACAAUGUCAUUGUCAAGACUGAACAAACUGAUCCUUCCAUCAUGAACACUUGGAAAGAAGAAAACUAUCUCUACGAUCCCAGCUAUGGUAGCACAGUAGACCUGUUGGACAGUAAAACUUUCUGCCGGGCCCAGAUCUCCAUGACAACCUCCAGUCACCUUCCAGUUGCAGAGUCACCUGACAUGAAAAAAGAGCAAGAGCAUCCUGUGAAGUCCCACACCAAAAAACACAACCCAAGAGGCACUCACUUAUGGGAGUUCAUCCGAGACAUUCUCCUGAGCCCAGACAAGAACCCAGGUCUGAUCAAAUGGGAAGACCGUUCAGAAGGCAUCUUCAGGUUCCUCAAGUCAGAGGCUGUGGCUCAGCUGUGGGGGAAAAAGAAAAACAACAGCAGUAUGACCUAUGAGAAGCUCAGUCGGGCCAUGAGAUACUACUACAAACGAGAAAUCCUGGAGCGUGUGGAUGGGCGACGGCUGGUCUACAAGUUUGGGAAGAAUGCUCGCGGAUGGAGAGAAAAUGAGAACUGAGGCUGCUAACCCUUGGGACACAAACCAGAACACAGCGAAUGGAUUAUGAUCAAUGAAGAACUGGAAGUAAAUAUUUCAAAGACUUCUUUUCUGUGAUAUUUAUGUACCAUGAAGGGACAAAAAAAAAAAGUCUACUUCUGAAGGGAAGAAGGAACACUACAGAUGAUAAAAUAUUAUUUUGUUACUUUGAAGUAUGUCCUAUGUGGGGAACAAAUGUACACAGUUUUCUGUGAACUAUGAAGCUGGACAUGGUAUGA